AACCCUAUUGACCUACUCAAUAACCCAAAAGGCCAAGAGCCAAUAAAAUGUACUCAGAGAAUAGUAUAAUCCAUUAAUCCAAUUCCAGCUCUUAUUCAAUUGAUUCUCUAAUUUAUGUCAUCAUCAGAAAUUUGGUCUUUCCCGAUUCUCAAUUAUAUCCAAAAUAAAUAAUCUAUCAAAACUAAAUUUAGCUCCUUUUUUCUUAAACCCUUCAUUCAAUUUGACAGAUUGGUUUCUGGGUUUGUGUCGAUGACUGUAUAUGAUUCGUUUGCUUCUUGGAUCAACAGCUUCCUUGCUUGCAUGGGAGCAGUAGCUGUUUGGGAGGCUGUGCAAAAUCAACGCGCGCUCCCCCUGUAGAUGAUUAUCCACCAAAGGGACAACGAUGUCAGGGAAUGGUGGUAGAGAAACACAGUUUAUCAGAUGACUUUUGGGGUACCAGCACGGGCGAUUUGGAGAACCCGGUCGGUCUAUCACAAAGAAGCAUUUCUUCACUCAGUACAUCCAAUGUCAGUUUUCUUUCUGAUCUUGGAUCAUCGAGCAUCAACUCCCAUAAUGACUUCGUUAAUCCUGGUCUUCUUCUCUGGACUCAAAACCGUCUUCAAUGGAUUGGAGCUACAAAAUCAAAUGAAGAUCAUCAAGCCAUAGGCCCCACAAUCAGUCUAAAUGCUACGUAUGACAGCUUGCUUAGCUCCAGGGAGCGAUUCAGGCGGCCCAUCCCUUUAUCGGAAAUGGUAGACUUUCUAGUUGAUGUAUGGGAGCAGGAAGGAUUGUAUGACUGAAAGACACCAAUUGUAGAUAAGAUUCAGUUUCUCAAUACUUGAAACCUCGGAAUUCUUAGGAGAAUUUGUGAGCCAAAAAAGCCAUAUAACCACCCAUGUAUAGCAAUAGAUGUUGAUUAACACUGCUAAUUUUAUAAACUCAUGUAUGUUUUUUGUUUUUCCUAGUUCACAUCUUUUGUUUCGACUUCUGUUGUUGCUAAAAUGUGUCUAUGGUAUGGACCGGUAUCUCGUGUCUGUUAUUCAAUACAAAGAUAGAUCAGUUAUGCA